CUGAACAAAUAUUCACAAAUUUCUCUUUCGCCUUGGGCGAAUAAUUCAACCAUACUCACGAAUAACUUGCAUUCACCAGAAAAAAUGGACGAAGAUUGAGAUAUCCAAGAACACGCCAUGUUUAACUGCUCUAUUACAUCUUCCUCUCUUUUUAGACACGAUGUCUAGCCUGGAGUUACCAAACCGAAGCUUGGCAGCUGUUAUAAGUGAGUCGAUCGUUUGCCUGGCAUUGAACAUCAUAAGCAUCACUGGAAACAGUCUUGUCUGUUUGGCAGUGUACAGAAACCGUAAUCUUCGAUCAACCACUAAUGUGUACAUCGUUGCUCUAGCUGUCAGCGAUCUGUUGGUUGCAAUGAUAGAAAUGCCUUUGGCAUCAGCUACACUUAUUAUUGGAAGAUUUGAUUUCGGCUUCGCCCUAUGCCAGAUUCAAGGUUUCAUUGGCCCCUUCGCCACUUACGUGACUCCGGCAACCAUGGGUUUAACUGCAUUCAACCGCUUCAUGCGAAUUGUCAAAGGAAACAGUUACAACAAGAUAUUUUCUCCCUGCCGGUCUAAGAUCUGGGUGUGUUGCUUGUGGAUGUCUCUGGCCCUUUACCUGUUAAUUGGGCGACUCACCGGUUGGCUAAACAUUGGUUUUAUCCGUGGCUAUGCAGUUUGUGCCUUUACAUACCCAACUGCUGCUAGUCAAAUCGUUCAGUACACCAUCAUGGUCGGAGUGCUUUUCUUUAUCCCACUGUGUAUCGGUAUAUUCAGCUAUUACAAGAUAUUUUUCAAAACCAGUCAGCAUCAACAGAUUGUGGUCCCAUCGCUGCAGAACACGACUAAUGCUAACAACACCAGAGCAAGGAGAAGCACAGUGAAAGAGAUAAACAUUAGCCGAGUGUUGCUCUACGUAGGCGCUGGGUUUUUGUGGUGCUGGAUUCCAUUAUGGGCACUUGCACUUUGGAAGCGCUUCUCCCCCGAAACAUGUCCGCGAAUUGCGGAAUUACUCGUUACCUUUUUCCGCUUUCUGAGUUCGACGAUAAAUCCCUUCAUUUACACUUUCAAUAAUAACGAUUUCCGAAAGGAAUUUCGGAAACUGCUGUGUUUCCCUAAAGGAGCUCGGACUGCACCAAAUGAUACCACUACGGCUACUGAAAACGAAGAGUUGGCAGGCGAAGCUAAUGUCUAAGGCACUGUUUGAGGUGUCUGUCUAUCUACCACGAUAUCAACCGCUCAAAAGAAGUCCUCCAGGAAAUAACCUUCGUACCUGCGUCGCUUUUAAUUUGAUAAAACCCUAGAAAAGUAUAUGUCCCCGUAAAGCCAAAACUGAAAGAGUGUCAAAUCCGAAGAACGAAUUAUUUUAAAGAUUUGGUUUAGCGGUAAACAUUUACAAGCCCUUCAGUGUAAAAAGUGUUUUCUUAUGUAUCUUCUUGUCGUUUCAUGUUAUAUUUCUUCAUUUUCUUUUUAUUUCCAGUGUAAUUAAAAUCAACUAGUAAAGAAAAAAAAAUGGACCCGCCUCGAUAAGCAUUUGCCAUCUGUGGGUCAAAGAAAUAUCUUGUAAAUAAAUAAGAAAAUAGAAAAUUA